GCUUCCGCGAGUUGGCUUUGACGAGGCAGCAGGGGAGGGGCCAGCGGAGCUGGCCGCGGGUUGGCUAGAGCGGUCAGAGCGCGAGCCAGAGGCGCCGUCCCGCUCGAGGCCCUCUCGGAUUGGUCGGCGUUGGGCCUGGCGCGGCCGCCGGGGCGGGUCCGUUGGAGCGGAGGCGUUCGGGGACCCGGCGGUUUUGCGGCGCAGGUAGCGGAGCCGGAGUCAGGUGGCUUCCGGAGGCCUGGCCGCCGCCUUCUCCUUCCGGGAUAGCGGCCCUGGGGACCCUCUGGUCGCAGCCCCCCGGAAAAAAUGAUUGAGGAGAGCGGGAAGAGGAGAAGAACAAUGGCAGAGAAGAGACAGCUAUUCAUGGAAAUGAGGGCUCAGAAUUUUGAUGUCAUCAGACUUUCAACAUAUCGGACUGCCUGCAAACUGAGAUUUGUGCAGAAAAGAUGUAAUCUUCAUCUUGUUGAUAUCUGGAAUAUGAUUGAAGCCUUCCGAGACAAUGGCCUUAAUACAUUGGAUCACAACACAGAGAUCAGUGUUUCUCGACUGGAAACAAUCAUUUCAUCCAUCUACUACCAGUUAAAUAAACGCCUUCCUUCGACUCACCAGAUCAGUGUGGAGCAAUCCAUCAGCCUUCUCCUCAACUUUAUGAUAGCAGCAUAUGACAGUGAGGGCCAUGGGAAGUUGACAGUGUUUUCAGUUAAAGCUAUGUUAGCAACCAUGUGUGGUGGGAAAAUACAAGACAAACUAAGAUAUAUUUUCUCCCAAAUGUCAGAUUCCAAUGGAUUGAUGAUAUUUACAAAGUUUGAUCAGUUUUUGAGAGAAGUUUUAAAACUUCCAACAGCUGUAUUUGAAGGGCCUUCUUUUGGAUACACAGAACAUUCCGUACGGACAUGUUUCCCACAACAAAAAAAGAUAAUGCUAAAUAUGUUUUUGGACACAUUGAUGAUUGAUCCACCCCCUCAGUGCCUUGUGUGGCUACCUCUCAUGCACAGACUUGCACAUGUUGAAAAUGUCUUCCAUCCUGUGGAAUGUUCAUAUUGUCGGUGUGAGAGCAUGAUGGGUUUCCGGUACCGAUGCCAGCAGUGCCACAACUACCAGCUCUGUCAAAACUGUUUUUGGCGUGGCCAUGCAAAUGGCCCUCAUAGCAACCAACAUCAGAUGAAGGAGCAUUCCUCAUGGAAAUCGCCUGCCAAGAAGCUGAGCCACGCAAUUAGUAAAUCUCUUGGUUGUGUGCCCACUAGAGAACCACCUCAUCCUGUAUUUCCUGAACAGCCAGAGAAGCCACUUGAUCUUGCUCAUAUCGUUCCUCCUCGACCUCUGACAAACAUGAAUGACACCCUGGUUACCCAUAUGUCCUCUGGAGCACCCACUCCGACGAAAAGGUUGCAGUACAGACUGGACACUGCCAAUCGUUUAGCUGAUGAGCAUGCACUGAUAGCAACAUAUGUGAGCCGGCUACAGAAUGGUACACGUGUCCUGGACAGCCCUAGCAGACUGGAUGAGGAACACAGACUUAUUGCCCGAUAUGCUGCCAGGCUGGCUGCAGAAGCUGGAAAUGCACCACGCCCACCAACAGACCUGGGUUUCAAUUUUGAUGCCAAUAAACAACAAAGACAGCUGAUAGCCGAACUGGAAAACAAAAACAGAGAGAUACUGCAAGAAAUUCAGCGCCUCAGGCUGGAGCAUGAACAAGCCUCCCAGCCAACCCCAGAGAAAGCUCAGCAGAACCCAACUUUGCUGGCAGAACUCAGGCUUCUACGGCAGAGAAAGGAUGAACUAGAACAGAGAAUGUCUGCACUUCAAGAGAGCAGAAGGGAACUGAUGGUGCAGCUUGAAGGGCUAAUGAAACUGCUCAAGGAAGAAGAACAAAAGCAGGCAGCUCAAGCAGCAAGCUCUCCACACUCCUCACCUACCCAUGGAGCCAGUCACCCAAUGCCAAUGCCUGUCAGAGCCACUUCCGCUGGCUCUACCCCAACUCACAUACCUCAGGACUCACUUGCGGGAGUCAGGGGAGAUGUGCAGGAAGCUUUUGCACAAGGUACACGAAGAAACCUCCAUAACGAUUUAUUGGUAGCAGCUGAUUCAAUUACAAAUACAAUGUCUUCUUUGGUGAAGGAACUUCAUUCAGAGGAAGUAGGUGAAGAAGAAGAGGAAAAGAUGCAGAAUGGCAAGGACAGAGGUUAGAUGGAAGAACCCAGACUGUACAGUAAUUCAAGCACAGAGGGUUAUGAAGCAAGCUCAUGUUCUAACGAAGUCUCCACAUCCUUUGGAAGAGGCAUGUUUCAGCCGAUACAUACACCAUUGUGCAACUGUGAAAGAUCACAACCAACCACCUGCUGUAAGGGAAGGGAAAGCAGCUUUCUUUUAACUGACUGAAGGGCUUUCCCUCUGGGCAUUUUCCUCUUAGAUUAUUGCAUGUACUAUUUUCAUAGGUGUUUGCCAAUGCUAAUCGGACAAUGCCCCAUCAAAAAUUCAACAAAGCAUUUUUAUGGGAGGUUUCAAAAGAAAACUGUUCUCUUGUAAAGUGCACUGAUCUCUUCUGAUUUCCUACCUGAGCAGUGUCAUCUCAUCAUGUGCUGGUGGUUUCACUCAUGACCUUUGAUCUUGGAUGUGCAUGUAAAAUCAAUUUUAAACCAUUUGAGUUUUCCUGUGUAAUACAAAGGGAACUCUGAGUACAGAUCCUUUAAAAACACACACUUUCUAAAAAUACCACUCUGUCUAUUAAUGUUUGGUUGCCAUAGUGUUUGAUACUGCAUGUCAUUCUGAGAGUAAAUGACAGGGCAUGCCAAGAGUAGAGGAAUGCAAAGCAAGGAGAGGGGAAUGGCUGUAAUUAGGACCAUAAAACUUGGAUGAGAUGCCUCCUGGGGAUUCCCAACUCUGUGUAUUUUUCUUUUAGACUCUGUUAAAAAUUACUUGAAUGGUUCUUGGCAAACUGGGGAAUUCAGGGAUGACCACUGCUAGGUUCAGAUUAGUGCCUGAACAUUCAUUUGCAAGAAGCAAGUAUAUUUUUAUUUAAAUUUAAGGAGAAAUAACAACGUUGUAUAGUCGGAGGUUUUAAACUCACCAUUAUCUGGAUCCUUGCUAGACUCUAAUUUUGUAGCUACUUAGAAAACAUUGUAAUCAGUUCCAAUCACUAGUGAUUUUAUUUUAUUUUAUUUUUUUCUUGGUGCUUAGGAAUGUUAUUUUUAGCAGAAGAUCUGACUGCCCUAAUGCAUCUAUAAAUAUUUAUCAAGGGCAAUGAAUGGAAUGGAGUGAUAAACUCUGAAACCAACUCCCAGCUUUUCUCCCUGUCUCAUCUGAGAUGGAACGCUGGUUCUGGGAGGAAAGUGCUUGUUAGGUACCUAUAACUCUUUGGGGGAGAGAAAAUAAACAUACAUGGUGGCCACAGGUUUAGUCAAAUAUAAAUAUUGUGAAUGAGCUGUCAAGAAGGAAAGAAAAGUGAGGAUAACCUGGUUCAGUGUGUUAGCUUUAGCCUGCCAAACACCACACACUUGGAAGGGUUUGUGGCUGUUUUGUACACUUUCUGUAUGAUUAGCUGAAUCGUUACCCAGACAUUACUCUGGUUGUGGCUAUACAGAUGCAAGAAAGGGAUGUGUGUGCUGGAAUUUUAAAGGAUGAAAGUUUUGCUAGUGGCCGGCUCAAGGACCUGCCGGUAUAGACAGGAGGCCAUCGGGGCUUAGAGACAUUCUGACUGUGGCUUCAUCAUAUCUUCACUGUGGACUCUCUUUUUUGUCUUUGAUUUUUAUGCACUUCUUCCCCUACUUACCACCUUGAUGCCCAAGGUCAGGUUAGUAAAACGCUGGCAUCUGAUAAGGGGGGAAGGGAUAGCUCAGUGGUUUGAGCAUUGGCCUGCUAAACCCGGGGUUGUGAGUUCAAUCCUUGAGGGGGCCAUUUAGGGAUCUGGGGCAAAAAUUGGGGAUUGGUCCUGCUUUGAGCAGGGGGUAGGACUAGAUGACCUCCUGAGGUCCCUUCCAACCCUGAUAUUCUGUGAUUCUAAGUUUCCAUUGCUCCAGCUGUGAAUGGACCAGCAACAACAUCAAGUACCUGGGAUCACUUUGUCACACCCAGCAAGCCUGCUUUCAGACAGGCAAAGGUCCUCUUGACAUUUAACUUCAAUAACCACAGCCAAAGCUGUGUGCAGAAAUCUUUGUGGAAGGAAAUAUGAAUUGUGAACUAGAAUAGGCCUUGGUGGAUGCUGAAGAUGAGCUGGAAAUAGGCAGUAUGUGGUACAGUAAGUCUGGGAGAGGAGUAGGUGAAAGUUUUUGCCUUUAGGAUGUUCCAAAUGAAAACAUAUGUUUUUUCUCCCCUAAAUGAGAAAUCUGGGUCAGAGUUACAGUGGAAGGGGAGACGCUGUACAUCAGCCAGUGACUAUGAUUUACAGUUUUUCUGUACAGACAAGGUGGGUGAGGGGAUAUCUUUUAUUGGACCGACUUCUGUUGGUGAGAGAGACAAGCUUUCAAGCUAGUACCACACGCACCAUGUCUAAUAUCCUGGGACCGACAUGGCUACAACAACAGUGCAUAUUGCAGCUUUUCUGUCACAUGAUAACAGUGUGAAAGCAAGCUACAUGGACAAACCAAAUAGCUGGUCGUUCUUUUUUAAGUUUUUCCUUUUUAUUCAUUUUCCACCACCUCACUUUUUUUGUCACCAUUAGUCUAAUAUUUAGAGGCUAAAACUUCCACUCUAGCUGGUAGUUUUUGCAGCUCUUGGAGGUGCAUACACUUCUCCCUACAAGAAAAGGACUCUCUGUCCCUAUAGGCUGUCUACACUGUAACAGAUCUACAUGACAGUGGUUAAAACAGCAGUGGUUGCCACCACCUUAUCUACACUGGGGCUCUCACCUGUAGAGUUGAACUAGUGGUAACUGUGGUGGGAAAUCCUAGUACAGAUAAGGCCCUAAUGUGUGCAAGCUGGGAGAUGAGGUAACUAUAGUAUGAUGAUGGUGACGCUACAUAUCUAUAGCACCCUCCAUCCCGAAGGACAGGCAGGGUGCUGUGAUCACAGAUUACAGAUAGCGAGAGGUUGUUAUAACCCCCCUUCAGUGGAAUAGUGAUUUAAUAGCACAGAGCAGCACCACCAGGACCAAAUGCACUUCAUUAGUUUUGUUGUUUGCUGCCUACUAUAAAAGGAGGAGCAUUUCCUCUAUCAAAGUUCCAGGAAGCUAAUUUCACUUGCCCACAGGCAUUACAAUAUAAUGAUCACGUCUUAGCCUGUUAUAAGCUCAGCUAAGGAACCUGUGACAGCAUUUUCUGUAUCAGACUAUUAGACAGUUUGCUUACUUUUCUCUUUACGCUGAACUCUGUGAUUGAAUAGGCAAGUUCCAUUGUGCAGUGAAACACAUCAUUUCUGCAGAAAGCUGUGGCAUCUGCUUUUUGUUCGUAUAACUCUUGACAGGAUCAAUGGGCUUUUACAGCCAGAGACAGUGCAUAGUCUGUGUAUAAUAAUUGUGACCCUGUGUGCCAUGCUUGUGGAUUACCUCACCCAUAGUGCCAUAUAUUUUAGUCUACAAAGCAUUCAGCAAAUGCUUCAUAUUAUUAUAAUGAGGGGAUCUGCAGGUUGAUUUUCAGUUAUACUGUAAGCCUGUCUUACAUGAUGUGAUUCCGAGAGGAUGUCAUUGAUUUACCUGACCCAUCUCUUGCACAGAAGCCAUUUGUAUGUCACUCUCAUGCUAGAGUAGCUGGGAAAACAUGGCUUUUUUCCCCAAGGACCUUACAAUUUUAAUUCUCCAUCAAGUAGGAAUGGUGAACUGGGGAAUUAAGUGUCAGGAAGCAGAGAGCCAAUGGGUCAUUUACAGACUCCAAGGCCAUUUCCCCAUGUGUGAUCAUUAAGGCCUAAACUACAGUUACAUUUGUCCUCAUUAACCUGGUACACUCCUGGGAGCUUCACUGCCAUUUGUGCUGAGUCAAGAACAAGGUUUGCAUCCAGCAUUAUCCUGUUGCCGUAGUGCUGCUAGGGAGCACUAGCCAGCAAUUCCUAAAGAGAACCUGGCGAGGGGGCUGCAGAGCGACCUUGUGAUAUUGCCGGCGUCGUGACCUGUCACACAGGAAUGUCUUUGAGGGGAACUGGAGCUCUGCGUCCUGCUCAUUGGUACUCAGUACUGAUACCUUUGGUGAGCCCCCUCCUAAUCACCUUCCAGCCACUUUGUUCUCCCUUCACUCUGCCAUGGAGAUGAGACUGCUCCAAAUGCCCGUCUCCUGAUGGCAAGAGCAGCACAGGCUCAGAGGAAGGAGGAAGGCACAGACCGGUACAGCUAAGCUUUGAAUGUGACUAAAUGGGUACCGUUGCCCAGAGCAUUUGGGAACCCCUGCAGCAUGUCAUCGUGAGAGAACUUAUGUCAGGACUUGUGUGCACGGCAAGUUACUAGGCGGCAAGCCAGGGUGUGAAUCUUCAGCAUACCAGCUUGCCACACUCUGGGACAUGGCUUCAUGACAGUGAAAGUCCCUGUGCUGGAGUAGUGCCUACACUGGACGUUACUGUGCGGCAAGCUGGAGUGCUGUAGAUUCACCCGGUGGCUUGCCGUGCAGUAACUCGCUGUGUAGACGAGCCCAUGGGGAGCACAGUGUAAUUCCUGUGUGAUGUGCCAUGACACCUGGGAUAGCUCUGCACUCCCCAAUGCAGAGCACUUGCUGUGGUGACAUGACAUGACAUUAGGUGGAAGAAAAUAACUCACACAUGCUAACGUUGGAAACUCUGCUUAUAAACUAUUGUUUGCCGUAACUGCCUUAACGCCCCUGGGAUCAACCUUCCAGGCCAGGCUUUAAUAUAUUUUACCGGGCUGUCUUCUCUGGCAUUGCUUUACCCCACGCUAGUCACACAUGCCUGCACGCUUUACUAAGUCUGUUUCUAAUAUGUCAGCGAAAACAGCACUUUCCUACCCAUCUGUGCUAGUCUUCACUGGACGCAAAAUUUAACCUUUGAAGACUGGGUGACAUUCUGCUUUGCUACACCAGAAUGAUUCCAUCCAGGUCAGUGGAGUACUAGCCAUGUAAUAGAGCUAAUUCUGAUCCUGUGUGUAAUAUAGAUACCCUAUAGAACUCUAGCAUGCCACAUAGAUGCGGUAUUGAUAUUGAUGUAAUGAACUGCAGUAAAGCAAGUAUCGCCCACACUCUGCCCUCUGGCCCAUCUCUGCUGGGACGCCUUCAGACAUUCCACACCCCAGAGCGGCUUCAAAAGGCUGCCAUUGGAAAAAAAAUGCACCAAAGAGAUGUUUCCUUUUUUCCUUCAGGUGUGGAGCUUUUUCUGCACAUGUUCCUGUACACUUUUUCCUGGAUGUGUAAUAACAUCAGAGUCGUGAGCAAAAGAUACAGGGCCUGAAACAAAGCCCAUUGAAGUCAACGGGAGGCUUUGCAUUACCUUCAGUAGGCUUUGAUCGGGCCCAUUGUGCAAAGCCACAUUGCUCAUUAACGUGCAGUAUCGCCAUGGCGCUGGCUAGGUACUCAGGAGAAGAGAGACGUUUUACAGAAAUCAUUGCCCGUCUCCAGUGAAGCUCAACAACUGGUAACUGUGUCUCUGUGAUGUUUGGUGUGGAAAUGUUGGCUGUUUGUUUUGCACCCUCCUCCUAUUUCACGUCUUGGUGAGCUUUGACCAAAAUGCCUGUUUUCACACUGGAAACAGGCAAAAAUUCAUAUUUUGCAGCCAUCUCUGCUCAAUCCAUCCUAUUUUUUAAUUGAAAGUAGCCUUGUUUUCACUGGGAAAAGGGCCCAUUUUUUGAGCAAAUACUGUACAAAACAGUGAAGGGAUUUUUUUUGUGUGGAAGGGGGCUAAAAGGACCCAUUCUUGUCUUCACAAUGCAAUGCCAUAGGGUGGCAACAGCAGCACUAUGGCAACCUCUGCGUGUGGUGGGGCCUUGGGCUCCUUGUCUGCACCCAAGUGCAUGUCACUCCUGCAGUCUGGCCUACUUCUGUUCUCUAAGAAAUGACCCCUCCGAAGUGCCGCACAUACAAAGUACAGUUUAUCCCGGCUCUGCUCUGUUUGUAAGGGAUGGCUUGAACAUGCUCUGGGGCUGAAACUUUGUUGCCGGGUGUGGGGCUAUGUCCCCAAUUCUUGUUUUACAUGGAUACUUAUUAAGAAGAGGCUGUCUCCAGUGAAGACACAGCCACUGUAUGUAGUAGUGCAGAUCAAGGACUACGCUAUGUGUAAACAGGUGCAGUGAAGGUGACCGGAAGGUAUGUCCCCAAUGCAGAACUGCAGCAUAAAGAUGAGCAGUGACUAAGCCUCCCAAUUAAUUGUCACUUGGCUUGAGGAUUGUAACUGGCUGAGAUGUGGCUAGGAGAUUAUGCCUCCCACAGGUGGCGGAAGCUCGCUUUGAAUGGGGGGGUGGCGGGAUUGCAGGGGGAGCAGGAUGGGCGCUCUGCAUGGGGAGUAAGACUUCAGUGCAGGGGGGUAGAGGAGGGUGGCCAGCUACAGGGAUGGCUGCUCCUGGCCCUGGCCAGGUCUCUCGCCAGCCACCAGGGAUAGCUGCUCCUGGCCCUGGCCCAAUCACUCAGUUCCUGUUUACUGUCCAGCCUGAUCCCAGGGGUGCGGCAGAGACUCCAAGUCCCGCUCUUGCCUUCAUCUCCCCCCAGCCCCCACCGUGUGCGUGCAGUUUACUGAGAAGAUUGGUUCCCAGAAUGUGUGGGCAGAAAUAUAGAUCAGCCCCCCUCCCAAUGUUUCCAUUGCUAGCCCCCACCGUCCCCUGGUUCUGCUGUCCCAGAUGCCUCGGCCUUCCUGGCGAUGGGAGAGAACACCCAAACACAUAGGUUGGUGUGCACUUUGUGCACCGCCUUGUCCUCUCAGCUCAGCCCAGCCAACCAGCCUGUCAGAUUAAAUGAUAAAAUGUUCCAAGUAAACCGCGAAGGCUCGUACAUUGUGCUGUUAAACUAGGGAAGGAAAAUUCCUUUGGUUUUAUGAAGUGCAUCUUACUGCAGGUUUAAAAAGAGAACCGUUCUCUAGCUGGGCAAAACGUAGCCAUUCCCAGGGAAGGAAUUAGUGCUUCCCCCUGCAUGGCCUGCUGAGGAGGGAGCCCCGGGUGGGGUGUGGAAGCAGUACGGCAACAUGCGAUGUUAGUUACCAUGGCAAUGUCUAUAGAACGGCUGUCUGGCCGGGGCCUACCAAAGCAACAGAUUCCAUGAGGAAAGCCAGAGCCGACACGGCUCCCUGCCCAGCAUUGCACAAGGGAAGGGAACUGCUGUUUAAAACGAACCCUUUUUUUGGUCCUAGCUAAACUUUUCAGCUCUGUGAUGGAAUCGUGGGUUCGUCAGCCAAUGUCACCUCGUGUUUGUUAGGGAGGUGAACGUCUGAGGUGGGAACAGAGUUCCCCUAUAGUCCUGGGUACCAGAAGCUGGAGUUUCACGACCCAGCCAGCGUAGUCUGCACUGGGAGCAGCGUACCCUCCGACGGGGGUCUCCUCGUGCUAUUUUCCACAUAAAAUUACUAUGUCAGUGAUGUCUAAAAGGAAGAAGAUUGGCUUUAGCAACUCAUACAGUACUUCAACAUGUGUGUGCUCAGUGGAUGUCCAAUUCCUUCAGAGACCCUGCUAACUUGUAGCACCUAGAUGUAGACAAAGCCAGGCUCAUUCACAUCCGGUCUGGUGGCCACAAGUAGAGCUGGCAGGGACCACACCCUUCUUCCACGUACUGCCUUGGGAUUCGAGACCACUGUGGAAUGGCCGUACUAUUUCCGACUUACAACUGUGUCUGCGUGCGUGUGUACGUAAUAAGUCCAUGCGAGUGAGUGUGGGGGGAGGGGGGAGUGCGUGUCUGUGUGGGUGUUCCAUAAAUAAAUGUUAAAAACAAGAUUCUGUACAUGUUGGGAACGUGUCUAAUACAAAUCUGUAAACUGGAAGCCAUGUUCUGUCAUCUGCCAAAUAUUUAAUAAAUUAGUCCCAUCCUUGGGUCUCUUGUC